CACACACACAGGAGAAAGAGGGCAUUAGGGCAAGUCCUGCUUCUCUCUCAUAAACAAUCACAGUCAGCAGACUAGACUACAGCAGAGCAGCUUGAACUCAGAGCGACGCAGAUUUCUUUUAGACACUCGUGAGAUCGGUAAUAGCCUAUAUUUUAAAUGUAGUUUGUAAUCGAGAAGUGUGCAUAUAGUCACUAAAGUGGGACAGUCGCGGUGUAGGAGUUGUUGUGCGCAAACCACCCAUGACCAAAGCGCGUGGAAUACUUUGAAUUGAAGAAGCAAGUUGGGAGUACAUUUAGUCCAUCGAAAAUAAUUCCGUUAUAUAUUGGAGGUUACUUUUAUUGACUUUUCAAACCAGUGAUAUUUUUUUGUUUCCCUUUGUUUUGGCUGUCUACACGACUGCUGGACUGGACACAGUCAUGCGCUCUCUGUCUCUCUAUUGUGACAUCGAGUUUCCAGCAUUUUUCCUAGGCUAUUUCUGGUUUAUUUGAAUAGGGACAGAUAUAAACACAUUGAUAUAGCGAACAAACAACUAUCUGAAACUGUUCACAGUGUGUAGGACCAUUUUCAACACCUGACCCUCUAUGGGAUUUUGGAAAGCUUUAUGAGACUGUAGAGAACUUGCUAGGACUUGUGUUUCACAGACCUUACAGAACUUCAUAUUUUGUGGACAUCAGAACAGGCCAGGAGCCAUCAUGGGUGUCAGGCAGAGCAGCCCCAUGGCUGAGCGUCGAACCCGGGCGUAUUCUAGCCCUGUCCCCUCCUCUGGAGGCAGCACUACCCCAGUGUUCAGAUACACAGCUGGGCCUGGUGGCCCCCAAAUUCACUACACCGGAUGGAACCGACCCAGCUCCUACCAGCAGAUUAGUGUACCUGGACGGAGCAGGACGGAUGUGUUUGGUGACAGUCUGGACGAGGAGGAGUCAGACUGGGAGAGAGGAGAACACCAGCUGAUGAUUGGCUCUCUACCACUUCACCUGUCCCCUAACCUACUGGCAGGGUUCCACUGUCCUGUUUGCAGUAAGUUUUUGGUGUCAGAUGAGAUGGAGAUCCACCUGAUCAUGUGUCUCACCAAGCCACGACUCGCCUACAACGAGGACGUUCUGGAGAAGGACAGUCAGGAGUGUGCCAUCUGUCUAGAUGAGAUGGAGCAGGGAGACACCAUCGCUAGACUGCCCUGUCUCUGUAUCUACCACAAAGGGUGUAUAGACGAGUGGUUUGAGGUGAAUCGUUCGUGUCCAGAGCACCCCUCGGACUAAGGCUUCAGAUACCCACGGCAUGUCUACUAUCUACCUAGUUCAUCCAGAUCUACGUGUUCAUGACAUGCUGGCCUAUGAAUCUACUUCAUCCAGAUCUACGUCCUCAUGACAUGCUGGCCUAUGAAUCUACUUCAUCCAGAUCUACGUCCUCAUGACAUGCUGGCCUAUGAAUCUACUUUACCUACAUCUACGUCCUCAUGACAUGCUGGCCUAUGAAUCUACUUCAUCCAGAUCUACGUCCUCAUGACAUGCUGGCCUAUGAAUCUACUUCAUCCAGAUCUACGUCCUCAUGACAUGCUGGCCUAUGAAUCUACUUCAUCCAGAUCUAGGUCUUCAUGACAUGCUGACCUAUGAAUCUACUUCAUCCAGAUCUAGGUCUUCAUGACAUGCUGACCUAUGAAUCUACUUCAUCCAGAUCUAGGUCUUCAUGACAUGCUGACCUAUGAAUCUACUUCAUCCAGAUCUAGGUCUUCAUGACAUGCUGACCUAUGAAUCUACUUCAUCCAGAUCUACGUCCUCAUGACAUGCUGGCCUAUGAAUCUACUUCAUCCAGAUCUAGGUCUUCAUGACAUGCUGACCUAUGAAUCUACUUCAUCCAGAUCUAGGUCUUCAUGACAUGCUGACCUAUGAAUCUACUUCAUCCAGAUCUAGGUCUUCAUGACAUGCUGGCCUAUGAAUCUACUUUUACAUCUACGUCUUCAUGACAUGCUGGCCUAUGAAUCUACUUUACCUACAUCUACGUCUUCAUGACAUGCUGGCCUAUGAAUCUACUUCAUCCAGAUCUACGUCCUCAUGAUAUGCUGGCCUAUGAAUCUACUUCAUCCAGAUCUACGUCCUCAUGACAUGCUGGCCUAUGAAUCUACUUCAUCCAGAUCUAUGUCCUCAUGACAUGCUUGCCUAUGAAUCUACUUCACCUAGAUCUACGGCUGACCUGCUGGUCCGUGAAUCUACUCUACUUAUAUCUACGUCUGACCAGUGUUUGAAGAAGAAUGACUCUAGCCUGUAAAGUGCAGCCUACUGUUUUGCCACACCAGGAUACCCUGAUUUGCCUGGAAUGCUCAUUUAGAGACGCUCACCAUAGACUUCAAUAGACUGGGCCUGGACCCGUCUUCUGAGAGUUGUACCUCGACUGACUGACUGACUGACAUCGAAGAUGCUGCUCAUGCUUCUAUAAGACACUGAUGAACGGAUGUCGUCUGAAUGAUGACGACGUGAGGAGGAACACGGUGGUGCAUGGACACACAGUGAGACUUCAUAUUCCUCUCAGAUCUACUCUCGUGCUUAGUGGGUCGGGGUGGAUACCUUCAUUGUUAGUAUUACUGUAUUAUAACAAUGUAAUAAUGGGUUUGAUUUUAACUGUAGAAUGAGGGUAUUUAGACAGCCGUUUCUACUGUAGUAAGAGACAUGGUCUGAAUGCUGUGGCUGAAACAUGCAGCUCAUUCUGACCUUCAUUUGUACAUACUUCUGUCAAUGAUGAAAUCACAUGUUCUGUCGACCUCCAUUUUAUUUCUGUGGUUGUGUAAAAUCAAUGUAAAAGUAGCAUACAGGGAAUUAAAAAACUUUGAUUUACUCAGACAUCACUGUGAUAUGUAUAUUUUGCAUAAGAGCUUGUAUUUGAUUAAUUAAGAACUAAAGCACAAAUCAACUGCAGAAUAUGUACUGUAACAAUAUGGUGAUUAUAUAUGUACACAAUGUCAUUAAUGUAUGUUACAUAUGUACUGUGUUUUAAUAUUACUGAAUCAGAACCUUUUAGAGGUUUAAGAAACAAAGAAUAAAAAUAUGAAAUUGA